CUUACUUUAGGCGGAGAACUGUGGGAGUGUGCGUUUUUCUCCCUUUUUGUGCCCCGGUGGAUGAGUUCGUCCUGAGAAACGGUGUCUUUUCGAGGGGCGCCCAGCUUUGACAGUCCGAGGGAAGGGCUGUAGGCAGAAUGGCGGGGAGGAAAGGCGAAGUCGUUCCCGGAGGGAGCGCGCGUGUGGAGAGUCCCGGUGGGAAGAGGACAGCUUUAGGGGAGGGUCGCGGAGCGAGACGGGAGGACCCACGUGGGCCUCCCUGGGACUCGAGGCGUCCAUUGAAGCGGGCGGGGUCUUGGGCUUUGGGGCCGUCGCCUCGGAAAAAACCCGUCCCCGGCGGAGCUCACGCCUGCUGCCUAGUAUAACGGGUUUGGGGCGGAGGCGGCCAGCUGCAGCUCGGGUCUGCCUGCCGGGGCUGCCGGAAUCCCGCAGGCAGCGUGUGUCCUAGACGAGGGCGGGGGUUUGACCCCAACGCCGGGCGCGGGAAGGAUGCUCUGGUCCAGCGGCGCCGGCAGACUUCGCUUUUCAGUUGUUUUUAAGAGAAAUCAAUAGAAAUAACCCAUUUUGAGGAAGCCAUGGCAAAAUCAAAUUCAAAACACAGAGUUUGUUCUCGGGAGUCUUCGGUGUCUUCUCUGUUAGCAAGCUGCAGCCUAAGUGGUAGUAAUUCCUCUAACUCUGAUGGCUCUUACCAAUAUAAGGAUAAACUGUACAGUUCUGCAUCUCAGGCUCUACAGGCCUACAUUGAUGAUUUUGAUCUAAGUCAAAUGUAUCCUGAUGCAAGCAUGGGAAAGAUUAACAUUGAUAAUUGUUCUGCUGAUACACCAGAAUUCUCCAACUCUAUUUAUAAACCAAACAAUGCUUUUGAAAAUCCUGGUCACAAAAAACACUACUUGUUCUAUAGAAAACAGACUAUUAAUGACAUAGACUCCAUUAGUCUAACAACUGAUGAUUUAUUAAAACUUCCAGCAGAUGGAUCAUUUUCUUUCAGUUGUGUUGGACCAGGUCACAGAUUUAGCAAGAAAAAUAAGAAAUGCAUUGGAAGACUGAGUUCAUCGGACACUGAAAAAGAUCAAAAUUUUCAACGACCCUUCACUGUCAUGGUCAAGGAUAACAUAGUUACUCCUGCUGUACAUACAAGUAAAAAUGGAAAACAGUGUGGUAGACUAAAAAACCCAAAGCUUGUGAAUAAGACUAAUAAUAAAUGUGUUUCUAAGCCAUCUUUAUCUUUUCCCAAGAAAUCAUCUUUCAAGGACAGUUCAGAACACAGUCUUGAACAGAAUUACCCAAGAUGGCUCACUAGCCAGAAGUCCGAUCUUAAUGUUUCAGGGAUAACUAGUAUACCUGAUUUCAAAUACCCAGUUUGGCUGCACAAUCAAGACUUGCUACCUGAUACAAAUAGUCAAAGGAUUUACAAAAUAUUUAAAGAAGAUCAGUGUUCCCCUAGACAUAGUUACCAGGCACAAAGAACUUCUCAACUUAUGAAUAAACUUGACUGUUUUGAAUAUUCUUUCGAACCCUCACGCAUGUCAAAAUCCUUGAGUGAUGAUAAAGGAGUAGUUAAUGAAUAUAAAUGUGAUUCUGAACAUAGCCAGAGUCAGUGUAAGAAUCUGCUUCUCCCAGGACAGUCCAAAAAGCCAUUCAGUGGUGACAAAAUUGAAUUGCUUAUUCUGAAGGCCAAAAGAAAUCUAGAGCAAUGUACUGAAGAACUACCGAAGUCUAUGAAAAAGGAUGACAGUCCUUGUUCAUUAGAUAAACUUGAAGCAGAAAGAUCAUGGGAAAAUAUUCCUGUUACUUUCAAAUCUCCUGUUCCUGUUAACUCUGAUGAUAAUCCUCAGCAAAUUUCAAAGGCAAAGUGUGCUAAAGGGUUCCUUGAAGACUUUUUACAUAAUGAUAGUCAGAGCUGUACCCUUUCUGGAGGGAAACAUCAUGGUCCUGUUGAAGCCCUGAAACAAAUGUUAUUUAACCUUCAAGCAGUGCAAGAAAGUUUUAAUCAGAAUAAAACCACAGAGCCAAAAGAAGAAAUUACACAAGUUGCAGAGGACAAUUUCUCUAAGUUACAAUUGAAGGAAAGUAUGGUUCCUAUUACUAGGUCACUUCAAAAGGCUUUGCACCAUUUAUCUCGCCUGAGAGACCUUGUUGAUGAUACCAGUGGGAAACAAGUCACCGAAAAUGUGAAGAGGAAAAUAAAAUGGUCUAACCAAUAAAUAGUCACCACAGAACAAAAAUAUAUAUUUUUCUAUUGCUUAAACUGACAAAGGAAAUAUAAGCCAUACAUUAUCCUGUUAUUGGUUUCAGUAUAAUAUUUAAAAAACCAAACUUGAAAAUAUCCAUAGGUUUUUGUGAUCUAUUCUCAUUUUGUGCCAAAAUACCAGAAUGUGAUCUGCAAGGAUUCACACUAUGUCCUACAGUCUGAUUUUGGUCUUCAGGACAGCAACUGUCUAAAAUUCAAAGAAGGGUGAUUUCUGAUCUGGAAGUUUACAUGGACUUAACCUUCAGCAUCCUCAUGAUUUUAUCAUCUGGCUCUGGAUCAUUAAGAAACUCUUCCUGGUUUCUACCCAAAAUCUCUAAAGUUCAAUAAACUUUUAAUACAGUUAGCAUCCAUAUUUAAGGAGCUUAAAGGAAUAUCAAAAUUGUUAUGGUAUAUCUUAGCCAUAUGGAAAUGUUACUUUUACAUUCCAUAAAUCAAAUAUUUAAGGUAUGUUGUAUUUACAAGUAACAUUAGUUUUAUAAUGGGAUGAUACAGUGCUAACAGGAAUGUUAUUUUAUAUUGUGAAAUCCAAGAGACUAUCAUUUAAUGCUUUGAUUUUGAUUCUGUAUAAUAUAAUCUCGAUAAUACUUGACAGUUUACAGAACAUUUUUGGGGGUGAUAUUUGAAAAUUUAGUAUUUUAGCAUUAGAUUAUUUCCAAGAUUUUAGUUUUGAGCUUAGGUCAAACUCUAGUAAAAACUAUGAAAUCAGUAAAAUUUGAUGAAUUCUGAUAACAGCUUGAAAAAAAAAUAUGGAAAAUCAGCAACUUUGUAUUUUAAAGCUGUUUCAUAAGAGCUGAACUUUUUAAAAAGCAGUCUGUAGUCUUAAAUAUUUGUCUCUAUCAAGUUCUAAUAAACAGGAAACAUCUUUACCAAUAAAAUUAAGAAUUAUGGCAUAAAGCAUGACUACUGAAGCAUAUUAAAAGUCUUGAAAUUAAAGAAUAUCUGUGUAUAUAUACAAAUACUAGAAAUACUAUACCCAAGUGACAGCAUCUUUGUUAAGUAGCUUUACUGUCAAAUAGGAAUUUCUAAGUACAUUGGGUCAAAUAAUUUCCCCCAAAUCUACGUAAGAACUUUGUUAUAGAACUUACAUGUUAGAAACUGUAAAGUGAACCCUUUUUUUUCCCUUGGCCAGUGAGUCAGAGUAACCAUACUAUUUUUUUUGCCCAGUUUGAGAGUCACUUGCCAAUAAGUUUGUUUUAUUUACUCUGUGGACAUAUUUCUGCCAUUGGCACUCUGCUUUCUGAAUAUGGUCUUGUGCUUCACAGCAAAUAGUAUGCAUGCAGCCAAACAAGGCAUUAAUUUGAUGAUUAAAGAAUGGUUGGCUAUUAGAAAAAUGCUGAUUUUAAUUGGAUGAACAUAAGGUGGAUCUGGGUUGAUCAUGUUCCAGGCUUAGUCGAAUCCACUUCUGGAAAAUUCUAAAGAAGGCAGAGAAGAUAAAGACAUCAGAUAAUAAACUUCUAAUUGCAUAUUAGAGGUUGAUAAGAUAGAAUAGUGUGCCUGCAAAAGCAUCUCCCAGGGGUUUAUGCUGUAAUAAUUCUGAAUAGCACUGAUUUGGGAAGUGCUUCCAUUUGCAAGAAUGUAUCUCCAAUACUGAGUAAGUUAAGAUUGUCCUAAAAUUUUAUGUUGUAACUAUUUUUAAGAAAUUUAAUUAUACUUACCAAAAUAGUAUUUUUCCUUUUGUGUUAAAAAUAUGGAAGUUUUUUUUACCUAAGAAGGAAGUUAAAUAAAAAUGACUAAUUCCAACCAUUUUAAAAAGGAAAUAUAUGAGAGUCACACUCAGAAAAAUAGCUAAAUGAUAAAUAUUCAAGAAAUUCUCUGGAGAAUUGAUUUAAUUAAUUACAUGUUACAUAUUUCAGGCUUUUUAAUUUUGAGAUUUCCAGUUGGGAAAAGGGAGACAAUAGUAUUGAGACUGCUGACUUGAGAAUUUAAAGCAGAUAAUGAGAACAAUUAGAUUUUUAAAAUUACAUUGUGAAUAUAAAAUUUGAUCACUUUUCCUCUUUUUAGAUAUAUUGAAAAAUGUUCAGUAGAAAAAAUUGUGAAAAUUUUAAUAAAACAUUUCAAAGUUUUAAUUGAAUAUGAAAAAAAUGUAAAAAAUCUAAAUCCAAAAAUUAUUUGAGAUCAAAGGAUAAAGGUAUGAUGAAUAUGUGAAGACAAAACUCAACUGUAUUUUCUUAUCAAUAAGAACUCAGAUUUUUCUGUGGCAAUUAAUUUCAGCUUCAUAGGAUUUCUAAGCAAAUUGAGAAACUGUUUUCUUGGGUUUGUUUUGGUUAUGUCUCUAGUUACUUUUGUUUUUUGUUGAAGUUCAUAAAUGUGGAUUUUUUUGGGUAUUAUUUUAUACUUAAUAUUUAAGAUAAUGUCUUGUUAAAUUAUACAUAGCUAUAAAAUGUUUCCUGAAGAUAAAUCAUGACAGUAUUUCUUGUUUCCCCCUAUGUUUUGAACACACAAAAUCACUCAUAAUUUGAAUUUAAAUUUUUCCUGUCCUACCUUUCACUAUGUCUAAGAACCCUAUUUGGAACUUGGAAAAAGUCAAGUGGCAUGAAAAGAGAUAAAAGAAAAGGCCAAUAAAACUGGUAAUUUCUGAACAACUGGUUUCUUCAAAUAUAAAAGACUUUGUAUUGUUGUAUUCUGUGUAUCAUUUGGAUGUUUCAUACUUGGUUAUAUGUUGUUUUGGAUUGUAGUGCUCUAUGUGUAAUGAUAAAAUGUGAACAUAAUAUAUAACAGGUGAUAUUAGAUAUUUCCUAUUAUAUUUGAAAUUAUUCCUUUCCUACUUCCCUGCUUCCUUUAUUUCCUUUGUUAUAUUCAUCUGUGGCUAACAGCCACAAAUGUCUGUUUUGAACAAAAAAUAAUUUUAGCUUUUUACCCUCCUGGUUUAUUCUACAUUGUCUUUACUGUAGACCAGACCCAUCUAUGUGACAGCUUUCUCCCAAUGCUACAAUUUUUAUACAAAUUUAUACAAAAAAUACUACAACUUCUAGCCAUCCUUCAUUACCUUACCUGAGACUAGUCAAUUUGCCUCCUGAUGGCCUAUUACAACCCGAAACGUUCCUCCCUUACACUGAAGACAGGCUGUCUGGUCUCUGCAAGACAGUUCCACACCCGCCGCCUUAACCAUACUGAUCUGUUUUAGCAAACUGAGUUAGCUAAAUUGCUCUACUCAGAUUCUCCCUAAAAUCUACGUAUAUUCUCAUCUUUGUGCGUUGUAUUUUCCAUACUUGAAACACAGAGUUUUCUUUCAUUCUGGUUGUCUAAAGCUUACUCUGCCAUGUCUUUAAAGCUUUUGUCUUUCCCUUUCCAAACUUUCUAACCUUCUUGCAAACUCUAGUAAGUUGGUUUUCCUUUUUCCUUCCCCCGUCACUCUUUAAGCUAUUAUAUUUUUUGUUUAUAUUUAGCUACUAUAUUUUGGACAGUGCCUCUUUUUUCCCAUUGUAUUCCUAGGGGAGAAAAUGUCUCAAAAAAUGUUAGAUGAUUGAUUUUUGUUUUAUGUCCUUGAUGAUACUGCCUCUUAUAUUGUGUAAAUAAAGAACAUGUAAAUUUAUAGAGUGUUGAUUGAUAAUUCUAAGAGUAGUUCCCUGUAUAAGGUGAGCUCAAAAUAGGAGAGACCACAUCUUUUAUUUAUGCAAUGUUCUAUAAAUCCUUUUUAAAAUGAAGUAAAUUAAACCUGUUUUGGAAGUCA